AUGGCAACUGAUGCAGCAGCAAAGACAUUUUUUACCUCUUCGCACUUUGCCGUCGUUGGCGCAUCUUCUGAUCCUACCAAAUUCGGCCAUAAAAUAUUCACCUGGUACACCCACCAUUCCCUCCCUGUAACUCCUAUAAAUCCAUCUUCGGCUUCAAUAAAAGCAUUCCCUCCAUACCCAGCCUUCGAGAUCCAGGAAUAUGCUACAUUACCCAAUCUCUCUGCCUUGCCUAACCCCACAGACACAUCUGUUUCCAUAAUCACGCCGCCAAAAGUAACGAAGAAGGUACUCGAGGAAGCGAAGAAGAUGGGCAUUCCAAGCGUAUGGUUACAGCCAGGCACCUAUGAUGAUGAGAUACUGAAAUAUGCAAUGACGGAGUUCAAGGCCGGGGUUGGAGGUGAGGGUGGUGGGGGAAGUGAAGGAUGGUGUGUGCUGGUUGAUGGGGAGCGGGCUGCCGGGAAGUCCUUAAAGCUCUGA